CGAAGUGCCAAGUGUCGGGGUCAAAACACUAUGACGUCCCGCUGCCGCUUUUUACACUAAUUAUCUGUUACAGCAAAUAAAUCAUGGAUGUUAAUGAGGUGGUGAAGAGAGCCAAGCGUGCACUUGAUGGCUAUAUAUCCAAGUGGUGGUUGCUUAAGCUGGUGUCCGGGAGAAUCAUCUUGCCUCGAAAACGGUAUCGCAAAGCACUGUUAGCAGUUCUGAUCAUACUGUUAAUUCUCCUAUAUUCUGGGCCGUCUAUGUUCAGACUAGUUCUCCAUACACGACCGUCUCUUGCAGGUGAGGAUUCAGCAAGUAGAAGUCUAGCAUUACGGCUGGGCAGGUUUUGGCAGGCAUCACAGGAGGAUGAUGCCCACAUCUUCCAUAUUCCACCACUACCUGAGGAGUCACCGUACCUUCCAUAUGUUGGCAAUGGUCUCCUCGCUGUCACUAUGGACCAAGAUAGUCCAAUUUACAUCAGAAGUGGGAGGACUCUUGCAUUACCUGUCAGUUUCCGCCCCAUCACCUUGGUCUCUGUAGAUGGCAUGACCGUGAAGGAAGCUGUUGUGACAGAAUAUACAACAGGUGUAGUUCAUCGCAUUCAGUCGUGGGACCAACCAGGCAUUGGACCCCUAGAUGUCACUUACCAGACCUAUGCACACCGGUCAAUACCAUCCUUGCUCUUACAGGAUAUCAAGGUGAUCAACCCAACUGAUCAAGAUGCUCUUGUGGAUGUAGAGCAGAUGGGAUUGGGAGACUGGCCCACCGCCACCACCGAGACUUUAAAACUGCACCACGGUGAAGGAGAACACGAAUACAUUGUAAUAUCUGGAAGUAUAGAGCUUCCUAACUCAAAUGUCAUUCCAGUCGCUGUAGUGAGUCUGAAGGUUCCACCCAGCAUACAGGUUAAAUCCAAGAUGUCAACUACUCUCCAUAUUGUGACUGCUGUUAACUACUCAGAGCCCAUACCAAGGAAAGCUUAUUCAGCCGUGAAAGACAAAGCUGCCCAAGGAGCUCUUGCCGCAUUAAAGAGAGCAGUCACAGGGAACAUAAAGAGACUUCGCAGCGAUCACUCACAAGUUUGGAAAGAGCUCUGGUCCUCCGGGUUUGGCAUCAGUCAUUCAAAGGCUGAAAGUGCUCUGAAUGGUGACCUAAUCAAUGCUACUCUCUACCAUGUGUUGUCUCAGGCUCCUGCUCCCUUACAUGAGGUAUCGACCACUGAGGAACAGAGAACGUCCAUCCUGCGUGACAUAGCUUAUGCCGAGGGCUGUUACGGGGGGCACCAGACUCUUCAAGCUGAGCGCCUGUGGUCCCAUCUCAACACUCUGGACGACGUCAACAGAGUGGUCGGCUACUGGAUGGUGACGCUAGAGAAGCAGGGUUGUCACCAGUUAGUUCGUGCCGGAGCAGAUGGCAUUAUGCAAGCCAUGCUGCUUAGCUUUGGAGGUUUGCGCUUCAAGAAUCAACACCUGGAGUUUAAUACUCACCCCAAGGAUCUGCACCGAGACUAUUACUUCAGGAGACUCAGUUAUGGGAAUGCAACUCACCUCAAUAUCUCCGUCAUGGUGCAAGAGGAGGACUACAAGGCCGUCAUGUACCUGGCCCUGGACAGAUCAGACAAGACCUACUAUGCUUGUGAUGCUGGCUGUCUGGACCCUCCUGUAGAGCUCAAGCAAUUGAAGCAGUCUUUUCCCGUGAAACUGACAGACCCAGUGACGGCCAUCUUGUACAUCACCUCAGACAAAGCUCACAUGGAGGAGCUGAAACACACCAUACAUGUCAAGGAGAUUUUAUUGGCCAUGCACAAACACGGGCACAAGUGGGGAGGACUGCCCACUAUAUUUUGGCUAACGAUUAUCGCCCUUAUUGUGAUAUUCCAUCUCUUCCUCAUCAAAUUAGUCAUUAAUGAAUACUGCGGAGGAGACGUCAAGAUCAGAUACAGAUUGUUAGAGAAAGAAAGUAGCAUGCAACCAAGCCAGCCAGCUUAGUAGUAAAACUCUCUGACUUUUAGCAGUAUUGGAAGAUGGAGUUAGAGGAAAACAGUGAGAAACCAACAGCGUGUAGUGUGCGAGUCUUUGGUCCCUGGAACUUAAUGAAUACAACAACAAGGAGGAUAUUGUUUACCCUCUUUGAGUGUCUAGGCUUUACCACACCAAGAAGCCCCGUCUUUUUGGAGUCUGUUCACCCGUCUUUGUAUUGGGGUCUGUCUCUUGCAUUAUGUCAGUCCAUACAGUAAGAUGUUACUGAUUUAAGGGAACAUUUCAGAAGUUCAGAGUUGGCACCUUACUGUUUGGCGGUCUCUAUGUGAGUGCAUGCUCAUGUGAACAUAAGUGUGUGUAAAUUACAUGCGAGUGUAAAGAAUAUUUGCAGUACAGUAUCAUGUAAAUUUUUACCCUUGACAAACCCUAAACGUGUACAGACACUCAGGAGGAGGGUUGGGGAGAUGUACAUACCUCCUCAACUCACAUGAGUUUUUGUACAUUUCUGAGUUCAAGUGUUCAGAGUUGGCACAGAAUGAUUUUGGACACAUGAACAUCUUUAUACACACACACACACACGUUAGCUAGCACAAAGAGAGAGAGACGCCAAAACAGUAUUAUGAUAACUUUAAACCACUGAAAUAAUCCCUUAAUUGUUACUGUAUAUAUUUUUUUUAUACUUGAGUGAAUUUUUUAAACCAAGGUGAUGGACUUAUGUUAAAGAAAGUGUGACUUGAGGGAGAAGUAGAUAAUAUUUAAUAUUUUUUUUAAUUAAUAUGAUAUUGUCUGACAGGAAGGAAUAGUAUUUUUUACACGGUCUUCACCUAAAAGUUGAUAAGUUUAAAUCAAAUUCACCUGCCAGCCUUCCUUCCUGGCUAUAUAUGGGAGAAUAUGCGAUGAAACCUUGAAAAAAAUAUAAUAAAAUAAAACUCAAUUUACAGUCAGUCAUGUUGAGUGUGUGUGAUUAAAAUAUGAACUUCCAUGCAGCUUGAAUGCUUUGUCUCUCUUGACUUCAUAAAGCGAGUUAGUUUGUAAGUGAGAAGUCUAUCUAUCUUCUCAUCCUGUUCCACCAGAUUCAGAGCCUUUCUCAGUUGUGUACAAUGUCUAGUCAAGUGUUUGCUGGCACCUGAUGAUAUAAAUGUAUACUGUACCUUGAACGGAUUCACUGCCUCUAUCCAUCCCUUGCAUGAUCUGUCUUUCUUCUGCUUAUUUCAGUGGUACAUUCAUGUCCAGUACAGUCUUCCACAAAAGUCCUGUUGCCUCUCUUUCUGAACCAUGAACCCAAAGAUUCAGACUCAUGAACCCAAAGUAGUAGACAUUGUUAUAUUAUUCUGUCCAUAAAUGCUUUGGAUUCAAUAUUCUGAAUCUCGGAGUUCCUUAUUCAGGAGGAAAGGCAACGGGACUCUUGUGAGUGACUACACGAACCUUACGUCAGUGGUGCUCUCUUCAUCCAUCAACCUGUUAUUCAUUGCACAUUUUAUAUACAUUCAUGGUGACCUUCACACAAGAUCUUUUAACCCAUGUUGGGCUGUAUUGUUACAUCUAAACAACUUUUACCAUAGUUUUCCCACAUAUUUUUGAGUGGUUCCAUAAAUUCUUUACUGAUUCCAAUAAUACUGUGUGGAAUGUUUACUUCUGUUAACUUUCACUUUAAUCUUUCUUUACUUUAACCAUACUUACUUAAACCUCACUUUACUUUUACUUUGCUUUGGAAGACUGGAGCCUCAUAUCCAGAUCAGAGCUUUAGAGUUCCUGCUGUAAGGAACUGUACUGUAAUAUUUAAGUGUUGUGAAUUUGACCAGCCUAUAAUGCAUGAUGAUUUCUCCUCUUCUAUCAACAUUACCAUCAUAAUAACUUCUGUCUCUCUCUCUCUCUUUCUCUCUCUGGUUAUUAUCAUGUAUCUAUCAAACAAAUACAUAUCUGCUACUUCCAAUAUUUAUCAUAGUUUAUUUCCAAAUACGUGGAACAGAGAAGAUUUACCGAGCCAUUUAAGAGAAGGAAAAAUAUUUAUUGUUGAUGAAGAAAAAAUGAAACUUAACCUCUUGUGUAUGGGGUUCCCUUCUCUUCGGAAUAAAAUUGUCUGGUGUUAGUUAAAUACAAUAUUAAAAGUGGCAUCCCCAUAGUGAAGGGAUUAAAGCAAGUGUCUUCAUUCAUCACUUAUGUAGAGGAAGAUGAAGUCAUUAGGACUCCUCUAAUCUCGGCAUAGUGGAGUAAAAACUUCCCCCCUUAGUGAGACAAUAUGUCAAUCCAGGAGACAGUCAACACCAUAUCACCCUUUCAGUCUUGGUCCACCACACACACACACACAGGUAUUCUAGAGCUUCUACUUUAUAAAACCUGACCCCUUUUUCAUAACUCUUUUUAAGGAGUGAAUUUCUUUCUUUUAUGAAAUUGCUCUUGAAGAUUACAAGUAUAUUUCAUUUUAAAUUACUGUAUUCUAUCAUGUGUAUUGAUAGUAAAAAUGUAGUCCCAGAAUAUUGUGAGGGAGGGACUUACUGUAGGCAGGUUUAAACAAUUGAUAAAGUUUCCCUCUACUCACCAUUACUGCACCUGGGUGUUUAAUUUCAGUACAGUGGUAAAGUUCCAGUAUUUAGUUCAUGGCAGUCCUGUGUAGAGUUUCAGUGGAUUGUAUUACACUUUCUUUUUUUUUCUCAAAAUUAUUGUUUGCUUGAUGUUGUGUACACAGGGUUGUUUGGUUUCAGGAUAAUUUCAGGUUAAAGAUAUGUCGUGGUGAAACAUGAAUUUAGGGAAAUAGGGGUUAAGGUUCUUUAUGUACACAAAGAAGUUCAAGGAAUUCUCUCCCUGGGGGAAGGAGGAGUUGAGGAGUGCAGAUGUUAGAAUAACAAAGUCUCGUGUAUAAUCCCUUCAUAAACACCAAGUGCUGUCACUUGCACACUGAUUAACAUGUCAUAGGAUUGGAACUUCACCCUAAAAGAGAUCUUUGUAUGGUGAAAAAUUCUUGACUGGAAACAUCUUGACAUAAGCAGAAAGUUGUAAACUUGAGAAUCUUGUGUAAGUACAGUCAUAAUAUUGAAAACUUUGUCAUAGAAUAAUGAUGGAGUUUCUCCAGUACCUUAAAAUUUUAUGAAUUUAAUGUUUGCAAUACAGUAGUGACAAAACUUACUUUUAUUGUUGUGUUAAAAAUUUUGAUCAUGAUCUUUGUGACAGUGUUCUGUGAUAAUGACGGUGUUAAUUUACCAAGAGUUAAGGCCCGGUUUGACUAUACAUUUAUUUAUUGUGUGAAUAUUGUAAGAAAAUACAGUAAUAUAAAAAGCUUGUGAUGUCUGUGAUGACUAAAAUAAUAAUUUUUGGCAAAUUGAAAUAUUUUAAUUUUGCAAAACAGAAUUCUACUUAACCAGUGACUGGACACCGUAUGUGUGACUGGCUAGAAAUGAUUUCUUCUUGAGCUGUACAGUACAGUGUAGGUGGAAACUAAGAUAAAUUAAUUUGACUUCUUCAGUAGUAGAUAGAUCAUUCAUUGGUGCUUCCAAGUGUCUUUGGAAGGGAAAUGUGUGGAAGAGUGGUGGGUGUUGGAGCUACAGUGUUGACCAAGAGGUGAGACAACAUGUAAGGGUUACUGAUGUCCACAGAUGGCAAGGUAUAUAAAAGAUGAACAUAUGUCAUGCAUUAUAGUAUGUCUUAGGGAGUGAAGGUUCAUAACAGUUAAAGGUUUGCAAGAGUUAAUCUUUUGUAAUGUUGACCACCAGUUUGUUGACAACAAAUACAUUAACUAAAGCUCAACUCUAAAUGGUGAUUGAAUUAUUUACAGCAUUACUGAUUAAGGAAGUUGUUUACUUCAUCACGGUUAACCUGUUGACUGAACCCCUUCACUUGUGGCAUCCAAGACAACCAUUACCGGUAUACAGUAUGCAAUUUUUUUAUUGUUACCACACUAAUAAAUUAAUGACAAUUUUUUUAUUUAGUUUAAUGAAUUCUUUUCAAAUAAGAAAUAUGUGCUUAUAAGAACGAAGUCCUUUUUAUAAAAUAAUCCCGAUUUGCUGCCAUGACUAGCACAACAACCAUCAACUUAUAAAUAUAAUGAUUGCUACAGAAGGUUCAUCCCAGACUUACUGUACUUACCAUACUGUCCCGUGGUCAGAUGUCAGUAUGAAUAUCAGACUUAUUACCUGGGCAUAACUUGGUAAAUGGUGUGCACUGAGCUAGUCUUUCUUGUGUCGACAUUUGUAUUGGACAUAACCUUUCUUACCCUGGAGGGAUACCAUCCUACCGCUCUUAAGCUGAAGGUUGUUAGCUUUAACAUGUAAGAUAAAUAGUGAAAUAUAUUAUGUUUUGAGAUGCAGAUACUGUACUGAAUUCAUAAAUGGGUUGAGCAUUUAUGUUUAAAAAGUUAUGUAAUACUUUUGAUUACUUAUUUUUAAUGUGUGUGAAUUUUUUAAAGAUAUGCAACUUGAAGUAUUUGUAGCAAAUUCCUUAGAAAUUUGUGCUCUCCAGUCAUCUGUACUGUAGUGGUGAUGUUAAGGAGUGAUGCCUGGAAUUUUGAUUUAUGGUAACUGAUCUACCGGUAUUCCAUCCGUAUUUGACAGAGAACCUGUAGUACUGUACAGUAGUGUGGUGUAGGAGUAGGAGCUUGUGGCACAACACACAGUAAGUGACCCUCAUACAAUGACUCACUGCUGUUUAGUCUACUAUACAUCCCAUAGAGAGUUUAAUAGUACUGUACUGUACUGUACCGUACUGUUGUAAAGAAGUUAGUUUGGUAUGGUUGUCGUGCUGUACAAGUUAUGUGCAGUAAAAGCUGUAAAUAUCAUCAUUGUUUAUAAUUUGUUGUAUAAUUUGCUCUUUACUUGUGGUGGUAUGUUUCUUGAUUAUGGUGAUAAUAUAUUUUUGGGUCGGGAGUGGAGUGAGUGUCAGCUUUGGGAUAUAGUUUGGUGUUAAAGGAAACAACAGAGUUUUCUGCCUUGAUUCUAAGCAUUAAUGGAUACUAAUAACUGUUUUUGAAUAGAGAAUGUGUGUUUGUAAUUUGUAUAGUUGACUGUAUAAAUCUUACAUCACCAUAUUGUUGAUAUGUCACUCAUCUUCACAAUAUUCACUGCAUAAUUAUGUUACAGGUGAUAUAUUUAUCCGUGUGUGAACUGUCUUAAGUUUGUCAUGUUGUAUUUGGUUGUGGGAACAACAAGCAUUCACAUUCCUCAUGCAAUUGGGAUAGUUUUUAUUUGGCUUAAAUUCAUCCAAAGAAUCAUGUACUCUUAAUAGAUACGGUAAACCCUCAAUAACUCGGCGAGGCCAGAGUCCCACAUGUGCCGUGUUAUCGAUGGUUUACUGUAGUGCAGUACUGUACCUAAUGCAGUAUAACUGUUUUGUAAAUUGUGAGUGUUAGCUCAGACUUUGAAGAUUCACAUUUUUUAUAUGCACUAGUCAGAGUAUGGUAGAUCAAUAUCCAAAUAUGUGGCUCUGAUAUGCAUGUCAAUUCUUAAAAUUUGAAAUCUUUUAGUUAGUUACAAAUCAUCAUUUUUAUCACCAUUAUCAUCAUCGUUUUACAGCCAUUUUCCACACCUGUGUGGGUGAGCUGUGAUUAACUGAUGGCAGCUGUUGGGUAAAACCAGAAUGGUAGCCCACCCUCCUCAACACCACAAACCCAGGGUGUGAGCCCAGAAACUGUAACACAGACCAGGGGAUUGACAACUAUGGUAACCCAAUUGCCAUCAGACAUGUUGAGGCAAAAUUUCCAAACACCAGCCCACAGUGUGGGAACAGCUGGUGAGACAGGGCAACAUUUCCCUGAGGUAAUCAAACACUACUUGCCUGCAUGAAAUUUAAAAUUAAUGUGAUUAGCUGCCUAUUGUUUCACAGAGUUUCCAUUGUCAAUCUUUUUUUUUUUUUAAGGAAAACAUUACAGACUUUAUUGGACAGAGCUUGUGGUAGGGAAUUAUAUUAUAACAUUUUAUAUUUGAUAGUUCUAAUGAGAAUUGUUUAUUUUUAAAUUAUUUGUAUUUUGAGAGCAAGUAAUACUGUAAAUUUGCUUUUUAAGUCAGGUAAAUAAUGUAACAGAUUUAAGGUGCUCAUUACAAGUGGUCAAAGUACUUUAGUUUUAAUUAAAGUGAGUCCAGGGAAUUACCAGUCGUGCCCUAAUUUAUAUCAGAAAUACAACCAGACAUCAAAUUUAAAGAGACAUUACUGUGUGUUUGUGGUGGCACUCACUGUAUCAGGCCAGGCAUUUGGAGAAAGGCUACAUCCUUGACUUAAAGCUGGCCGACUUAGUUUUCCUCAGUUACGUUUCAGCUCGGUCGUGUGUUAAUUUCUUCACUGUAUUUAUGAUCUGGCAUCUCAAAUGGGAUUAUGAUUUUUAUGACAAAUUAUUUAAAAAUAUUUCAUAUAUUUUUGUUACUGAUUCUAAUGCUGCAUUAUACAAAUAUCUGUUGACCUUUUAACUUUGAUGUUGGUCAAAAGUUCUACAGUCUGUUUGUUAUGCAGUGCCUUUAAGAGAGACGAGGUAGGUUCCAGAUAAAUGAUCUUUAUUAACCCCUUUUGUAUGGGGCCCCUCUGCUGAAGAAAAUAUCAAAAGUGGUGUCCCCUCAGUGAAGGGAUUACCGGUACAGUAAUUGAUUGAUGUCGAGUGACUAUUAAAGUUGGUGCUUCAUCAUUAAAGAAAUACAGUAAUGUAGACAUUAUAUAGAUAGAUUAGUUAAACUAAUGUAAACCCCAUUAGAUUACCAAUAUUUAUAACAUGAGUAUUUAAAUCUGAAGAACAUUAUUUUAACUACUGAAGCUCGUAAAAAUUUCCGAGUGGCAUGGAUUCAUAUUUCCCGUGCAAGAUCUUCAUGUUGUACAGUAGUUACAGAAUGCUGUUAUUAACUUCAAUAACUAAGAAGGAUAGAUGUUGCUUUAUAGAAAUGGAAACAUUUUCAUUAUUUAAUGCAGGAAUAUUGUCUUGCUAUUAGUCAUAUUGUUAAAGAAGUAAUUAUCAACCUUGAACUCGUUAGUGUAGCUUGGAGGUUACCACAGGUUGAUUGUUAGGCAAGUCACAUACUGACCUCUCCAUAUCUUGAAGACUAAGGCAGGAUAUUAGAUAUUUAUCAAAGAGUAUUAUGCAUAUGGCUGAUUAAUUUACCUCCCCAGAUUAUUACCAUUAUAAUGCCAAGUGGCCAAAAUAAAGAGCACAAACAAACUCUUCCUUAAUUCACCGUCAAACUCUCACUCUUAGAGCUUCAUAGAUAAGGUUGUACAGUCUCGCCCAAAAGUUUGUUAACUCUCCCAGCCAGCAAUUGCUACACUACCUGCUUCAGAUGUAUGAACUUGAGUUUGUUACUUUGAACAUUUAGAUUCAUUCAUAUUGGUUUCAUGUUCUGGCUAGUAUCGAGACAGUUUCAAACAUCUGGAGCAGGCAGUGAGCAAUAGCUGGCUGGGAGAGUUAACAAACUUUUUGGUGAGACUGUACCUUCCUUAUCGCGGCUCCAUUUACCUAGCAGGUGUAUCUAUGAAUCUAAAGGUAACUUUUCAAUACAAUACCUACCAGCAGCACAUCACCCCCCCCCCCCCUCCGAAAAAAAACACGCAGGUAGUAUUUAAAUCCUAAUAACGUCUCUUCCCAGGUGCUAUAUUUUUUGCAGUGUCGUCUUUUAUCACUGUCUUAAUAUCUGAGGACAUCUUUGUCAUUGCCACUCAAACUAUCCGGUAAUACACGUUGCAUUAUCAGUGCUAUGUAAUUGCGUUAUCAUUCCAUAUAUUUUCAUCUUGUUCUAAAACUUUGGCUCUGAAUUACCCAUAAACUUGAACCAGUUAUUGAAGAUUUGUUUUUAUUUUAUUCAGUAUAAGAAUAGUUUGAAUCCUAAUGUGUGUGUAAUGCACUGAUCAUUUUAUAAUUAUAUUUAAAUAGGGAGAACAGAAGACGUGUCCAUUGAAUCGACGAGGAUGUAAACUUUAAACAAUUUGUGAGUUACUGGAUGUUCUUAAGAGAUGUAAAAAUGCACAUGUGAGGGAAAUGAUGCAUAAAAAAAGCUAACUUACUUUAUUGUUGUAGAAAAGAAACAGGUUUGCGUGUGCCUUGGGUUUAUAUUUAUUAAUGAUGGUUUAUAAAUUUUAUGCAUUGUGUUGUUUAUCUCAGUGGUGUUUAUUUAUGAUUUUUUUGAUGAAUGAUGAGAAGCAGACAGUUGAAGAAGAAUAAUGAUACAGGAAUGAGUCUUUGAGGAAUAUGUUUUAGGGGAUCGCUUAAUCAUUUCUGCCAACACAUCAUUAUCAUGUAUUUUGCGUGCCUUCAUUCAUUCCAUUGUACAUCUCAUUUGUAAAUAUAAUUAAACCGUGAAGGUAA